CGCCAACAUUGCUUCCUCCCUUUCUCGUGCUCCUCUCUCCUCUUCUCCUCUUCUCAUAAACACGGAAAAGGAGGCAGGCGAUCACAUUCCAUAGCAAUCACUCUCCCCUUUCUAUAAUUUUCUGUUCGAUUUCCCUUUUCCUUCUAUAUCGACUGAAACCCUCAAUUGCUUCGUCUUCCAUCCCAUGGGAACCCCAGAGACUUCUCGCGAACCCUGCCCCGAUCGCAUUCUCGAUGACAUCGGCGGCGCAUUCGGCAUGGGAGCUGUUGGCGGCUCCGCCUUCCAUUUCCUCAAAGGUCUCUACAACUCUCCCAAGGGUUCUCGGCUUGUCGGCGGCUCGCAAGCUGUUCGCCUCAACGCACCUCGUGUUGGCGGCAGUUUCGCUGUGUGGGGUGGCUUGUUUUCCACGUUCGACUGUACCAUGGUUUACUUGCGUCAGAAGGAGGAUCCGUGGAACUCCAUCAUCGCCGGGGCUGCCACUGGCGGCUUCCUCUCCAUGCGCCAAGGGCUUGGAGCUUCGGCUCGAUCUGCGGCUUUUGGUGGCGUCUUGUUGGCUAUGAUUGAAGGAGCAGGGAUCAUGCUCAACAAGUUCCUCAGUGCACAGCAACAGAUGCCUAUAAUAAUCGAUGAACCCAUGCCUGCUGGAUACCCUGUUAAUGGAUUACCUGGCCAAAGCUUGCCUCAAGGGGUAAUGCAGCCCUCAAAUGUGCCUUCUGAUUCGGGUUCGGAUUCGGGCAAAUCUUGGUUUGGCGGGUGGUUUGGUGGAGACAAAAAGGAUGAGCCUCCUACGCGUGGAGGAAGCGAGACCAAAGUUUUGGAGAGUUUUGACGCGCCGCCAGUGCCGAACUUUGAAUACAAGUGAGGUGGUUAUUCAGGCAGUGUUUUGUGGCUAGUGAGUAUUUAGGAGUAAUUGCAUAUGUUGCAGGUGUUUCGUUUUGAACUUUGCCCAGGAAUUUGAUUGUAGUCACUUAAAUCUACGGCUUUGUAAUAUAGUGGUAAUUUUGGAACUCUUUGUGUGUUAGGCUCCACAUUUUUGUCCAAAAUUGAUUAUUUCCCAAUUGAAAUUUCGGCAUGCUUCCAGUUAUAUAUCA